AUGACUGUAAUGGCGGAAGCACAGCUAGAACUAAAUGAAGGGUAUAGACUACCAGUGCUUCUCAAUAAUGGCGACGGAUGGCAUAUGGCAGAGAUUCUUGGCAAGAAAGAAUUCCAGGGAAAACAUCUGUAUUACAUCCAUUAUGAAGACUUCAAUAAGCGUCUUGAUGAAUGGGUCCCAGAGGAAAGAAUGGACAUUAGCAAGGCUGAACUACCAAAAAAAGAUCCUAAAACUCCCAAGAAAGAAACCGGAAAACUUGGAGGAGGGGGAGGAGGAGGAGGAGGUGCAAGUGCAGGAGGAGGUGCAGGAGUUGGCGGUGGUAAAGGUCCAGGAUCCAGGCCUGUUACUCCAGAAAAAGAACUCUUGAAUGGCACAGCAGUGGCUUUAACUUUAUCAAAUAAAAAGUCAUCUGUAAGCAGAAAAAGGAAGGGUGCAGAGGAAGAGACUAUGUUGAGUGUGACUGUCCCUUGUCCAGUUGGAGAUACACCAACCCACAGCAGGAACUCAACACCAACUCCAAACGUACAGUCACAGACACCUCUUCCCUUGGACCCUCAGGAAGCUCCCUCAGGUGCUAAAGUUCCUCGUCAGACAGGAAGUAUGGUGGCUCACCAUGACGAUAUCAUUACAAGAAUGAAAAACAUAGAUCUUAUAGAACUUGGAAAAUAUAGAAUAAAACCAUGGUACUUCUCUCCUUAUCCUCAGGAAUUGUCUGGUACUCCUAUUGUGUAUAUCUGUGAAUUUUGUCUGAAGUAUGUCAAAAGCAAUAAAUGUUUGGAACGACAUUUAGCAAAAUGUCUUUUAAAACAUCCACCAGGAAAUGAAAUUUACAGAAAGAGUAACAUAUCCUUCUUUGAAAUUGAUGGCAGAAAGAGUAAGAGUUAUGCUCAGAAUCUCUGCCUUUUAGCAAAAUUAUUUCUAGACCACAAAACACUAUACUACGAUACAGACCCAUUUUUAUUCUAUGUCAUGUGUGAACAAGACGUCAGAGGAUAUCACAUUGUGGGGUUCUUCUCUAAGGAGAAAGAAUCAACAGAGGACUACAAUGUAGCGUGUAUAUUAACUCUACCACCAUAUCAGAGGAAGGGAUAUGGGAAACUACUAAUAGAAUUUAGUUAUGAAUUAUCCAAAGUGGAAGGGAAGACAGGUUCCCCGGAAAAGCCCCUGUCAGACCUUGGACUUUUGUCUUAUAGAAGCUACUGGUCACAAACAAUCCUGGAAAUUCUCAUCAACAUGAAGCCAAGUGAAGGCACUGACCGCCCUAUCAUUACAAUUAAUGAAAUCUCAGAAAUGACCAGUAUCAAGAAAGAAGAUGUUAUUUCCACUUUACAACACUUGAAUCUCAUUAACUACUACAAAGGACAGUACAUCAUCACAUUAUCAAAUGAACAAAUAGACACUCAGCUUAAGGCCAUGGCAAAACGCAAAGUGAGAAUAGAUGCCAAGUGUCUGCAUUGGCAGCCGAAAGACUGGAGUAAACGUGGUAAAUGGUGAAAGUGAACAGUGACAGUGAAUGUGUUAGGGGACCAUUGAUACCAGACAGAUGAUAGAACCUUGUUCAUUAUCAGAUAUACUUGCAAUGUUUUAUCAACUUAUUACUGAAAACUUCUAUACCAGUAACAUUUUAUAUUGUAACUCCACUGUUCUGUAUUCUCCACACGCAACAGUUGUCCAGCUUGCUGAUUUAUUCCAGGAUCAUAGUUAAACACUAAAAAGCACUAUGGUUCAAACUUAUUAUUAAAAGGGGGAAGGAAUCAACACCAGUCCAAUAGGUAGGUAGGUAGGGUCCGUUGGUAAUUCAAUUGCUGAGGGAUGGAUACCAAUGGGUAUGCAGGGAGUCACUCAAUAAAAUUAAUGAGACAUCAUAGGUAGGAGUGAGCUCAAUAUCAACAACCUUCAACAAAUUAAGUAGUAAAUUUAUUACUUUUUUGCCGACCAGUUUCGCCAGGUACAGUUUGUCAGGGAAAAAUUACAACAAUUUCUUGCCCCUGAAGUACACUCAAAGUGGCCCCCUCACAUGACAUUAUAUUGUUUCAUUCUGAUGGGCAUGGAAACUCUAAUUACCAAAUUAUUUUGAAAUGUGCAAUUAUAACAAUUAUCAAAUGUAUCAUUUUGAUUAAAAUGCAAUAAUGCUUAUCUAUAUAUAUUAGUAUCUUUCAUCUUGGCACUCUGUUCCUCCACUCAUGUAUCCCAAUUCUUUGUAGUUAAUCAUUUCCCCUUCUCCUUCAGAAGAAUUAGGGACGGAGGCUGUGCUCUCAGAAUCACUCAGUUCCAGAUCCUUUUUCAGCAUCUCCAUCACUGUGUCUAGAACCGCUCUUGUUUUGCUGUGACAGUCAAUGAUAGAUGAACUUUGUGCCUCUGUUGGUCUCCUCAGCGGUUCUGGUCUCUCUGGCUCUUGUCUAAAAAUCUCAGGUUUGACAUGGUAUCCUGGGUGGUCUGUUUUCAUAUGUGUGCAUCCUUCCUAGUAAACGACUUCCUUCAUAUCUUGCACUUGUACCAUGUGGCAUAAGUUAUGUGUGCAUGACAGGCAUGUUUCCUUAAAUUCUUUCGGCUUACAUACAAUUGACCACAUUGUAUACAAGGUAUCCUUAGGUUCACUUUUUCCAUCUUCCAUGGCAUGGUUUUAACUAUUAUGCUAUGAUAUGAUGUUCAUUCCCCACGACUGCUCGGUGUUCAAUGUUAGAAUCCAUGUUCCCUCAGUUUGUAGCCUAUUGUUGACGUCGCUGACGCCCAUUGUUAUGCCAACAACCUUGACGUCAUUGACAGUAUUCUCAGGUAACGUGAAAUGUACUGCUACUGGUUUAUACUUAUCUUUGUUUCGUAUAUGGUAAAAAUGCCCUCUGAUUCUGACGUUUAAAGUGUUAGAAGUUUGUCCAACAUAUUGGACCUCCCACUUGUUAUGCAUUAUCAAAUGUACUGUGUUGACACUUUGACAGUUUAUGUGACCUGGUAUACUGUUGUACUGUGUUGACACUUUGACAGUUUAUGUGACCUGGUAUACUGUUGUACUGUGUUGACACUUAGUUUAUGUGACCUGGUAUACUGUAUUCCUUCCCUGUGGUAUGACUUUUGAAUUGUUGACUCGGCAUCAUACGUGGACACAUUUUACAAUUUUCCUUAUAAGGAUGACUGCCACUUUGUACUUUGAUUUGUCUUAUAUUGUACUGACCAAUAUGUUUCUAAUUGAUUUUUGGAACAGUGUAUACAACUCUAAUCAAUGUGGUAAUACUUACUUCUUAAUUUGUUGAAGGUGGUUAAUGUUGAGAUCACUCCUACCUAUGAAAACUUAAUACUAGAUAUAAUCAGGACACAGAAUUGAGCUUCAGAAUCUUUUUAAUAUGUACUACCUUCAUGAAUUAAGUCUUGUUGUUCAUACCCAGUAAUAAUGCAAUGUUGGUCUCACCAGAAUGACUCCUUGUGUUCACCUUUCAUUAUCAUAUCAACUGCAAGUGAGUCAGUUUUCAUAGGAAGAUGAAAGGUAGACCAAUCGCUCUAAGAAAAUGGUCACCAAGUAGUUAUAUGUGAAAUUGAUAUCACAUGUUUGGGCUGUAAUCUCUAACCUGAUGAUUAACAAAUGGGCUUAACUGAGCAUUAAUGUUAUUGUCUGAUUUGUGUAUUCCAGGAACAGCUAACACAAGGUGUCAUUCUGAUCAGACUAUGUGUCUACUGUAGAUCUUAAUUGUUGAUCAAACACAACUGCACUUCAAUUAAUCUAUUGAUGACUUCCAGUUUGUGGUUUACCAGGCUAUGUAUUACUACAUGAAUUCUGUUGUAUUUUUUUAUGAAGCAUUAGCCACUUAUUUUGGAAGAAAUCAUGGUACGAACUUUUCCAAAUUUACAUAUAUACGUACAUAACCUAUGAGACCGUAUAGAUAAAUCCUGGUCAAUAUUUUGUGUAAGUCGAGGUGAAAAUGGGUGACUCCAUAUCCCAAAAAAUGUCGAUAAAUUCCUAUCAAAUACAUAUUUUCCAAAUGCUACUUCAUUCCUCUGUCAAAAGUGACAAAUAUUUACAGGUAAAAUGGCUUGAUAGACAGUCUCUCCACUGCUGUAAACAAGAUAUACACAUGCUCACUAUCGUUUCUUUGAUAUGACUGUGGUUUUAACACUGAAUGACAAAUGGUGAGGAAAUUGUAUUGAUGUGUAAAGAGGCUUAAUGUGUUACUCUUUUUUAAUCGUUGGUGAUGUUAAAAACUAAGCUAUUUUAGUUUUUAUUAAGGUUGGUCUUCAACAUUUGUCGAUAUGAAUAAUUACAUAUACUUAGCAAUCAAGUGUGUUCAAGAUUAUUGAAUAAGUCAGAAAUAAUUGACACGUCUUGGAAUAAGAAAUGCCAUUGUACCAUUGUUUCCUAGACUAAAGAUACAGGUAGUUCCUGUAUAAAACUGAUAUUAGACGAGUAAAAGAAUGGGGGGA